AUGUCGCCAUUCAUCAUGAAACUCGCGUCUGUCUUGGCUGGAGUUGGCGCAGCAAUGGCAGCUCCCCCAUUGGCGGAGUCGGGCACCAUCUUGGCCGUCAUGGGCCCAGAUGCCCUCAAUGAGAAAAGCUACUCCGUCUUCGCCAACUGCGUGCAAGGUCUGGACUCGGGCUACAAAGCAUACGCAGACGGGGGUGUUCUGGUAGUCAUCCCAUCCACCAGUCGUGCGAUUGACAUCAACGCCGCGGACAAGGAGCUGUGGAAGUGCAUCGAAUCCUCCUCAGGCACCAUCUCUCUCGCGGCUGAAUCGAGCGAAUUCCACGACAAGGCCCACGAAGCAAGCACCGACGUCAGGUCCAUUCAGCACACGGAUGCUGUGAGCAUGGGGGUCACCGGACAGAAAGUGGUUGAUCAUGUUGCUGCCAAAUCGAACGCAUUGAACACGCGCGCCACUGCUACCAUCUAUGCCGUCCAUCGUUCCGAUGAACGUACCUGCAGGGGUGACUUUAACCAACAUUACGUCAGAAACUGCAUCAGCUUCAUGAGUGCGUAUACCUCCACACAGGCGGACAACCUGGACGCGGCCAAGCAGUUGCGAAAGGAAACCAGAGAAUCAUGA